AUGGCAUCGAGCACCUUUGUUGAAAAUCCACAAGAACACCAACAGAAUGUUGAAUCAGCAACCAAUGAAGAAGAUUUUGCUAAAGAUAAUUAUGCAAUUAUGCCAUUAAUUCAAUCAAAAGAGAAAGUCGAUCGUCAAUUAAUAUCUGUACGCGAUAUCGAUGAAAAAAUGGCAAAGAAAACAAUUUGGGUUCGAGGUCGUCUUCAUACAAGUCGUGGUACAGGCAAACAAUGUUUUCUUAUUAUUCGUCAUCAAUCAGCAACGAUGCAGGCAGUUGUUUGUGUUAAUGAAUAUGUUAGUAAAUCAAUGGUUAAAUUUGCUACUACCAUUUCGAAAGAAAGUGUUAUUGAUAUUGAAGGUGAAAUUUCAUUAGCACCGACAUCUAUUGAAUCAUGUUCACAAAAGAAUGUUGAAAUACAAGUUAAAAAGUUGUUCGUCGUGAGCGCUGCUGAACCUCGUUUACCAUUAUUAAUCGAAGAUGCUAUGCGAGCAGACGAGGCAAUAGGUGAAGGUAUUCAAGCACCGCACGUUCUUCAAGAUACACGGCUGGAUAAUCGUGUCAUUGAUUUACGUACACCCGCUAAUCAAGCUAUCUAUCGUGUUGAGGCAGGUGUUUGCAAAUUAUUUCGGGAUACUCUUGAUGCAAAAGGUUUUGUUGAAAUUCAUACGCCAAAAAUUAUUUCGGCUGCAUCUGAAGGCGGGGCUAAUGUAUUUCAAGUGUCUUAUUUUAAAUCCGAUGCGUAUUUAGCACAAUCGCCACAGUUUUAUAAACAAAUGGCUAUUGCUGCUGAUUUUGGAAAAGUUUACACAAUUGGAGCAGUCUUUCGAGCUGAAAAUGCAAAUACGCAUCGUCAUUUAACGGAAUUUGUUGGUCUUGAUCUUGAAAUGGCAUUUAACUAUCAUUAUCACGAAGUUGUCGAUACGAUUGGAGAUUUAUUUACGCAAAUUUUUAAAGGUCUUGCUUCACGAUUCGCGACCGAAAUAUCUGUUAUUAACAAACAAUAUCCUUGCGAACCAUUUGAAUUUGUUGAACCAGCACUACGUCUCGAAUAUAAGUACGGUUUAACACUACUUGCUGAAGCCGGUAUUCAAAUGGGUUCUGAAGAUGAUCUAUCAACAGAAAAUGAACGUAUUCUUGGUCGCAUCGUCAAAGAAAAAUAUCAUACAGAUUUUUAUAUCCUCGAUAAGUAUCCAUUGGCUGUACGACCAUUUUACACAAUGCCUGAUCCAGAUAAUCCGAAAUAUUCAAAUAGUUACGAUAUGUUCAUGCGUGGUGAAGAAAUUCUUUCUGGUGCUCAACGUGUUCACGAUGCGCAAUUAUUACUUGAACGUGUAAAACACAAUAAAAUAAAUGUUAAUCAAAUAAAAUCUUAUAUUGAUGCAUUUCGUUAUGGUUGUCCACCACAUGGAGGCGGGGGUAUUGGAUUAGAACGUGUUGUCAUGCUUUACUUAGGCUUGGGCAACGUAAGGAAAACAUCAAUGUUUCCUCGUGAUCCAAAACGCAUUACGCCUUGA